AUGUGGAUUUCGACUCGGCUGUAUUAUCUGAAGGAGCACUUUUUCCACUGGAAAAUAGAAAAGAAGAGAAAUAUGGCAAAGUUAUUGUGGCUGCUGAUGUUCUUUUCUGAUAUUGUGCCAUUCAGCUGUGAGAAAUCAAUGAGAGAAAGAGCUAUUGAGCUGAUGCAAGAUGCACGUUUGAUUGAUGGCCACAAUGACUUUGUACUGCAGCUGAGAAUACUUUACCAAAAUAAAAUCAGUGGAGUCAACUUAAGAGAACUCAACAGGACCCACACAAACCUUGCAAAACUUCAGGCUGGUUAUGUGGGAGCUCAGUUUUGGUCAGUGUAUGUUCUUUGCAGCGCUCAGAACAAGGAUGCUGUGCGCCUGACCUUAGAGCAAAUCGAUGUUGUUAAGAGGAUGUGUAACAGCUAUGAAGAGCUGGAACUUGUGAUGACUUCCCAAGGUAUCUCUGACAGUAGAAGGAUUGCAUGUUUGAUUGGAAUAGAGGGUGGCCACUCCAUUGACAGCAGCAUGGCAGCACUGAGGAUGUACUAUGACUUGGGGGUUCGUUACAUGACUCUAACACACACCUGCAACACUCCUUGGUCUGAAUCAUCAUCUAAAGGAGUACACAACUUUUAUCCUAGUGUUAUUGGUCUGACUGCAUUUGGCCAAGAAGUGGUAAAGGAGAUGAAUCGCCUGGGUAUGCUGAUAGAUUUAUCUCACACCUCAUACUCCACUGUAAAAGCUGCACUCAACAUCUCAAAAGCACCAGUAAUUUUCAGCCACUCGGCAGCAUUUUCUGUUUGUAAUCACUCAAGAAAUGUUCCUGAUGAUAUCCUCCAGCAACUGAAAAUGAACAAGGGAAUUAUCAUGGUGAAUUUCAAUGCAGAUGUACUGGCCUGUGGCAGAAAAGUUGUUAAUAUUUCUACCCUUGCAGAUCAUUUUGACCAUAUAAAGGAAAUUGCAGGCUCAGAAUCAAUAGGAAUUGGUGCUGACUACGAUGGAGUGGAACGCUUUCCCGAGGGAUUGGAAGAUGUCUCUAAAUACCCUUCUUUGAUAGAGGAACUUCUUAGAAGAGGAUGGACUGAAGCUGAAUUGAAAGGAGUCUUAAGGGAGAACUUUCUCCGUGUCUUCAGGGAAGUAGAAAAUGUGCGGAACGAUUUUGCAGUAAUGGGCGUAGGUGAGAGUGAAAUUCUGCAAGAAGCAAAACAUUCCUGUCGCCUAGACCUACGUAAGCCUCAGCCUCAGCCAUCCAGGUCCUUUGGAUUUCCUUCUGUGGCACAACCUUUCAGUCUGACACUUGGAUCAUGUUUAAUGCUGUAUUAUGUAUCAUAA